CCCUUAGCAACCAAGCAGACAGGGUUGACCGGCUUGGUGUGCUAGUCGUCUUUCCCUUUGAGUGUGUGUGUGAGUGGUGACAUCAUCAGCUAGUCAGCUGCUGCAGUGGAGGGAGAAAGAAAAGGGCGGGGGAGGGAGAGAGGACACACUCACACAGCCCCGCUUGUCUUCCUCUGGUAAACAUGGCAGCAGCAGCAGCGACUGACACACGCAGCGAGCAGUGCGUAGUGAAGCCUAGCUUAGCUUAGCCUAGCCUCGUCUCAACUGUCAACAUGGAGGAGGAGGACGGGGCGGCCGACCCCUAUUUGCCCUACGACGGCGGAGGGGAUACCAUCCCCCUGCAGGAGAUCCCUAAAAGAGGGUCUAACUACGUCAUGUCUAACGGGGGCGGGGCACCCAGCAGCACCACCCACCUGUUGGACUUCCUAGAGGAGCCCAUCCCUGGUGUGGGGACCUACGACGACUUCCACACCAUCGACUGGGUCCGUGAGAAGUGCAAGGACCGCGAGAGGCACCGGAAGAUUAACAGUAAGAAAAAGGAGUCAGCAUGGGAGUUCACAAAGAGCCUGUACGAUGCCUGGUCUGGGUGGCUGGUGGUGACGCUCACUGGCUUGGCCUCAGGUGCUUUGGCUGGCCUGAUUGACAUUGUUGCUGAUUGGAUGAACGACCUGAAGGAGGGCGUGUGUCUGAGCGCCAUGUGGUUCAACCACGAGCAGUGCUGCUGGACUUCCAAUGAGACCACCUUCGCUGAGCGGGACAAGUGUCCUCAGUGGAAGAGCUGGGCUGAGCUAAUACUGGGGCAGGCCGAGGGGCCCGGCUCGUACAUCAUGAACUACUUCAUGUACAUCUACUGGGCUCUGUCCUUCGCCUUCCUGGCUGUCUGUCUGGUCAAGGUGUUCGCUCCCUACGCCUGCGGCUCUGGGAUCCCUGAGAUCAAGACCAUCCUGAGUGGGUUUAUCAUCCGGGGAUACCUGGGCAAGUGGACCCUGAUGAUCAAGACCAUCACUCUGGUGUUGGCUGUGGCGUCUGGCCUCAGCCUGGGGAAGGAGGGUCCCCUGGUCCACGUGGCCUGCUGCUGUGGGAACAUCUUCUCCUACCUCUUCCCCAAGUACAGCAAGAAUGAGGCCAAGAAACGAGAGGUUCUCUCUGCUGCGUCGGCGGCUGGGGUGUCUGUUGCUUUUGGUGCCCCAAUUGGAGGAGUGCUCUUCAGCUUGGAGGAGGUGAGCUACUACUUCCCUCUCAAGACGUUGUGGCGCUCCUUCUUUGCCGCCCUGGUGGCAGCCUUCGUCCUGCGCUCCAUCAACCCGUUUGGUAACAGCCGUCUGGUACUGUUCUACGUGGAGUACCACACGCCGUGGUACCUGUUUGAGCUCAUCCCUUUCAUCCUUCUGGGAGUUUUCGGAGGCCUCUGGGGCGCCUUCUUCAUCCGGGCCAACAUCGCUUGGUGUCGGCGGCGCAAGUCGACACGCUUCGGCAAGUACCCAGUGUUGGAGGUAAUCUUUGUGGCGGCCAUCACAGCUGUGGUUGCUUUCCCAAACCCAUAUACUCGUCAGAACACCAGCGAGCUGAUAAAGGAGCUGUUUACCGACUGUGGGCCGCUGGAGUCUUCGCAGCUCUGCCAGUACCGCAGCCAGAUGAAUGGCAGUAAGGCAUUCACCGACAACCCCAACCGGCCGGCAGGGCCCGGCGUCUACGCCGCCAUGUGGCAGCUCUGCCUGGCGCUCAUCUUCAAAAUCAUCAUGACUAUAUUCACCUUUGGACUCAAGGUACCGUCAGGCUUGUUCAUCCCCAGCAUGGCUAUCGGGGCGAUCGCAGGGCGAAUCGUUGGCAUCGCCGUGGAGCAGCUGGCCUAUUAUCACCACGACUGGUUCUUGUUCAAAGAGUGGUGUGAGGUGGGAGCAGACUGCAUCACUCCAGGGCUCUACGCCAUGGUGGGGGCCGCGGCAUGUCUGGGUGGUGUAACCCGUAUGACUGUCUCCCUGGUCGUCAUCGUCUUCGAGCUGACCGGUGGGUUGGAGUACAUCGUCCCCCUCAUGGCUGCCGUCAUGACCAGCAAAUGGGUGGGCGAUGCGUUUGGCCGUGAGGGAAUCUACGAGGCCCACAUCCGUCUGAACGGUUACCCCUUCCUGGACGCCAAGGAGGAAUUCACACACAUCACACUGGCCAGAGAGGUGAUGAGGCCUCGACGCAGCGACCCGCCCUUAGCGGUGCUGACGCAGGAUGACCUGACGGUGGAGGAGCUGCAGAGCACUAUCAAUGAAACCAGUUAUAAUGGUUUCCCUGUGAUAGUGUCCAAGGAGUCCCAGAGGCUGGUGGGCUUCGCUCUGCGCAGGGACAUCACUAUCGCUAUCGAAAAUGCUCGUCGCAAGCAGGAGGGCAUCAUGUUGAACUCCAGGGUGUACUUCACCCAGCACGCACCCACCCUGCCGGCCGACAGCCCUCGGCCCCUCAAACUGCGCUCCAUCCUGGACAUGAGCCCCUUCACCGUCACCGACCACACCCCCAUGGAGAUCGUGGUGGACAUCUUCAGAAAGAUGGGGCUGCGCCAGUGCCUGGUCACUCACAACGGGAAUGUGUUGGGCAUCAUCACAAAGAAGAAUAUAUUAGAGCAUCUGGAGGAGCUCAAGCAGCAUACGGAGCCCUUGGCGGCUUCUUGGUAUUAUCACAAAAAAAGAUAUCCUUCGUCACAUGGCUCAAAUGGCAAACCUAGAUCCCGAGUCCAUCAUGUUCAACUGAUCCGCUCCUUCCAGGACGGCCGGGGGGGAGGGGCAGACGACAGCGAGGAGGAGGUGCACCUCCUGGAUGGCUCCAAUCUCUGACAUCGGACCCCGUUUUUUUAAUUUUUUUGUUUCCAGCUGUAGACCCUGAACCUCGCA